GAGAGUGAGAGUGUGUGUGGGUGUGUGUGAGAUGAGGUUGGCUCUGACGUCAUCACCGUGGCUGUGUCCUGGUCAGUGAUAUGAGUCGACGGAGCCACAGUUCUCCUGCAGUUCUGCUCACUGAGCUCCAGUCUGGUCAACAUGCGUGAGAUCGUCCACCUUCAGAUCGGACAGUGCGGCAAUCAAAUCGGGUCGAAGUUCUGGGAGGUGAUCAGCGAUGAGCACGGCGUUAACGCGGUGGGGGCAUACGAGGGGGACAUGGACCUGCAGCUGGAGAGGGUCAACGUCUACUUCAACGAAGCGCACGGUGGGAAGUAUGUUCCUCGGGCCCUGCUGGUGGAUCUGGAACCAGGCACUAUGGAUGCUGUGAGAGGGAGCCGUAUAGGACAGCUCUUCAGACCCGACAACUUCAUCCAUGGGAAUUCCGGAGCUGGGAACAACUGGGCCAAAGGUCACUACACGGAGGGGGCGGAGCUGGUGGAGCAGGUGGUGGACCGUGUCCGCAACGAAGCCGAGAGCUGCGACUGCAUGCAGGGCUUCCAGUUCGUCCACUCUCUGGGCGGCGGCACCGGCUCAGGCAUGGGCACGCUGAUCAUCAACAAGAUCCGAGAGGAGUAUCCAGACCGCAUCAUGAACAGCUUCAGUAUCAUGCCAUCUCCGAAAGUCUCCGACACCGUAGUGGAGCCGUACAACGCCACGCUGAGCAUCCACCAGUUGAUCGAGAACACGGACGAGACCUACUGCAUCGACAAUGAGGCACUGUAUGACAUUUGCUUCCGUACGCUCAAGCUGACCACGCCCACCUACGGGGACCUGAACCACCUGGUGUCCCUGACCAUGAGCGGGGUCACCACCUCCUUGCGCUUCCCGGGUCAGCUCAAUGCCGACCUCCGCAAGCUGGCCGUCAACAUGGUGCCGUUUCCACGCCUUCACUUCUUCAUGCCCGGCUUCGCCCCCCUGACGGCACGCGGCAGCCAGCAGUACCGCGCCCUCACCGUGCCCGAACUCACCCAGCAGAUGUUUGACGCCCGCAACAUGAUGACGGCAUGUGACCCCCGGCGCGGGCGCUACCUCACCGUGGCCGGCGUCUUCCGCGGCCGCAUGUCCACCAAGGAGGUGGACGAGCAGAUGCUGGCCAUCCAGCAGAAAAACAGCAACUACUUCGUGGACUGGAUCCCUCACAACGUGAAAGUGGCCGUCUGCGACAUUCCUCCCCGCGGCCUGAAAAUGGCCUCCACCUUCAUAGGAAACAACACGGCCAUCCAGGAGAUCUUCCGCAGAGUGGGAGAGCAGUUCUCCAUGAUGUUCCGACGCAAGGCCUUCCUGCACUGGUACACGGGAGAAGGCAUGGAUGAGAUGGAGUUCACAGAAGCUGAGAACAACCUCAAUGACCUGGUGUCUGAGUACCAGCAGUACCAGGACGCCACAGCUGACCAGGAGUGGGAGGCGGAGGAGGAGGUGACGGAGGUGGAGGGUCCUUCGUCUACAGUAACGAGCACCAGAGUGGAGAUGGCGACCGAGACAGUGACGGAAACUAGCGUCACGGAGUGAGGAACUGACCAGUCUGACUGCGUGAAGGACAUUUCACAACAUCCCUUAAAUUCAUUUUAAUAUCUUAUCAUUUUAUUGCUCCACUUCUUCACGACAAAAGUCCACAGUGAAUUCAGACCACGGUGCAGAAAAGUUUUGUACAGUGUACAAUAAAUCAUUCUUUACAUCUUAUGGAAUUUUUAGAUUAGUGCUUAUUUUGCUUCGUUCUCAUUUACUAAUUAGUGUUUUAUCAGUUUUAUUUGCUGUACUGAAUGGAUAAAAGAGUUUUGUAAAUAGGAAAAUAAAGCUACCAGUGAAAACACA